UCUUGAGCCCCGGUGCGGCAGCCUCGGCGGGCACAGAGCUGCGACUUAGCUGCCGUGCUGCGGGCUCCCACCCCCCCGCCCUCAUUAUUUGGUGGAACGGACACAAGCGGCUGUCUCCGGUGUCUUACGCAGUGGAGGCGGGAGGCAACGUCACCAGCGCCACGCUCACGCUGCUGGUGAGGCGGGAACACAAUGGGGCGACGCUCACCUGCACCGCCUCCAACCCCGCCCUGCCCGGGGAACGCCACCUGUCAGACUCCAUCAAGCUGAGCGUCUACUACGCCCCCGAGGUCCGCUUGUCGAUGGGUCGCCGCGUCAACCCCAGCAGCCUGAAGGAGGGGGAUGAUGUCUACUUCGAGUGCAGCAUCACCGCCAACCCUCCGUACAAGCGCGUCAUCUGGUACCACAACGGCUCGGUGGUGGCGCACAACCAGACCUCGGGCGUGAUCGUGAGCAGACAGAGCCUCGUCCUGCAGCACCUGAGGCGGGAACACGCGGGGACCUACACGUGCGGGGCCACCAACCACGAGGGGCAGAACACGAGCAAUGCCGUCAUUCUGUCCAUUAAACACGCUCCGGUGUGCGCCGGGACGGGGCGGGAGAGGACCCAGGGGGCGGCCCGCGGCUCCACGGCGUCCAUCAAGUGCCUGGUGGAGGCGGAGCCUGCGGAGGACGUCACGUGGUCGUGGGUCAAGAAGCGAGCGGACGGCACGGUGGAGGAGCUGCCCGACGACGACGUGCGGGUGGAUGGCUUGUCCUCCAGCAUCAUCGUCAUGCCCAUCACGCCCGAGGACUACGGACGCUUCCUCUGCCGCGCCGCCAACAGCGUGGGGCAGCAGCGCGAAGCCUGCGUGGUGACCUUGGUGCCCGCGGGGCCGCCAGACACGCCCACAAACUGCUCCGUGUCCCCGGCAGACCCCAGCACGGUGCACGCCCGCCCCGCCACCGACGCCCUCACGGUCACCUGCUUCGAGGGCUUUGACGGCGGCCUCCCGCAGCACUUCACGUUGGAGACGUGGCAGGACAACGAGCUAGUCGCCAACAUGACCAGCAUGUUCCCGGAGUGGGUGGUGGCGGGGCUGCGGCCGGGGGUGGGCGUCACGCUGCGGGUGGCGGCUCAUAACACACGGGGCCGCAGCGACGCCUUGCGCUUUGAGGUACACACCGCCAGCAUCAAGCAACACGCCACUCAAGUGGGCAUUCUGGGCGUGCCGCCGCUGCUGGGGGUCCUGGUGGGGGUGGGCGCAGUGCUGCUCCUCAUCCUUAUCACGGGCGUGAUCGUGGCCAGACAAAUGAGGCGUCCACCGCCGCCCACGCACGUCCACACUGUCAUCAUGACGCCCACCGCCACUACCGACACCACCACCACCACCACUAAUACAAUCACCGUCCCUGAUCCCGACACCUACGACCCUGACGUGGUGUCUUCCCUGUGUCGCCCUACCGACAGUCUGGAUGUCCUGCCCAACUCAGACCCCACCCAGCAGACCACGCCCUCCACCACUCUCACCGUUGCGCAGGCUACCAUGCAUCAAGGAGAGCAAGGGCAGGCCGUGGCAGGGAGCCACGACAACAACCAAGGCAACACACACACGUCCUUCCCCCGCGGGGUCUGCCUCCACAGACAGAACAGUGCUUUCGGGGACAGUGAAGAGACGGCCGACUCGGACUCUGAUUCUACCUUCACGGACCUGACCGCGGCGGGCCGGGCGGCCGCCGCCCUGCCGCCAGCGUCCAGGAACUCCCUCCCGCGGGUAAAGAGGCACAUCCACCAAUUAUCAUCCUCUCCACUCGACUUACAGCUGCCAGCGUGUCAGGUGUCCCAGGUGGUAGCGACUCCCGACGGUAUGAUUCAGCGCAUCCCUUAUUUGCUUCGGAACCCGCGACAGCUUUCACCCUCCUCCUCGGCGGACCUGCGGCACCAGACGGCUUCGGCGGAAGAGCUACACCCUCUCAUCUUCUCCAGAGACUUUAGGCAGCUGCUGACGUCAGCGGAUGUGAGACAGUUGUCUUAUUCAGGCACAGAGCUGAGGCUACUUCCUGGCACUGGCACGUGGCCGCUUGGCUCCUCAUCAGGGGAGCUCAGACUUCCUCUACAGUCUUCGAUAACCACAGAAGAGCUUCGCCUGAUGCGCUCAUCGUCAGGGUCAUCUCCGUGGGACCUGCAAGCCACGCCAAUCUUCAGCAGUCUCUCCCCGGUCAACCAUCGAAUGCCGUGCACGGAGGGGACGCAGCUUCCAUCACAGACGCCCAUCACACUGCCAAAACCGCACUCGCCCUGCGGCCACUUGCAUUUCCGAUCAUCUAGCACCCAGCCUCUUCUUCAGGCCAUAUGCACUGAGCCCCAGCCCCAGCCCCAACCCCACUGCCUGGAUCCUAGGCUUUAUCAGCCCUAUGUUGGCCGUCAGCCUCAGGAGCCCAGUGGGAUUCUUCAUCAUCAUGGAUCUUGUCCCGUAUCUCAGGCCGCGGGAGCGAGUGCUGAGGCUCAGUCACGACUUGGCUUUGUCGACUCCCACCGCCAGGCGGAGGGUUCGAGUGUUGCCCCCAGACCACCAUGUUCAGAGCAUGGGGCUCCAGCAUUCAAAGGUUACAAGACAACGCCCGCACAGGCCAGAGUUUCUGAAGAACUCCAAGUAUCUCUGAGGGAACUUCAGCCCCCACCCGCACCAAGCAGUGAGGUGGAGCCACUACCAGACACUAUAGAGCUACAACCGCCUCCGUCCUUUAGGGGGGCCGGGCAAUUCUCUCAAUUAGAAGUUGGCUCACUAACAGACACUGUUCGCCAGAGGAAGCCGGUAGGACAGCCCGUAGCUUGUCCGCUGCCUCCUUCAAUGGGCCACUUGCCAAAAUAUAAGUCACCUGAUGGGUCGAGUGCAAAGUCUAGUUCAGUUGUAUUUCAAAGAAAACCCUUUCCGUGUCACGAUAUAAAUAAAAAAUUGGAACAAUCACAGGACAUUUUUACGAACCUCAUCUGUGGUAGGUCUGCAUACGUUUGGAUCAAAGGCAAAUAA